AUGCCAGCACUGUCUCAGACAAAGUCUGAGCCUACUUCGGGGACCCUCACCCACAAGGGUUUUGCGACUCCGGAUGCUACUGCCUCUAGGCGACGACCGGGGACAUCAUUCGUUCAUGCACUACUAGCCACUGCCCUUUUCCGCUGUUGGCACAUCCUUCUUUUCUUUGCCGCGUGGUCGACCUGCAUUACCCUUCUCGAUGAGAAUAAAUUCAAAGUCCGCAUUCCAAUGACCCUGCUUACGGUAGUUGGUACAGUCUUGGGUUUCAUUGUUUCUUAUCGGACAACCUCCUCGUUCGAGCGCUACAACGAGGGCCGUCGGUUCUGGUCGCAAAUCAUCUUGGCUUCUCGUGGUUUCGCCCGAACAGUAUGGUUUCAUGUCCCUGACCAACCUGUGAAAUCAGGGUUUACCACAGAAGAUAUGACAGCAAGAGGAAUGGUUGAAAAGAAGACAGUUAUUAAUCUUAUCGAAGCUUUCGCGGUCGCUGUGAAACAUUAUCUGCGAGGUGAAGAUGGUAUCUAUUAUCAAGACCUAUACUACCUCGUAAAAUUUCUUCCUGCCUACGCCCUUCCAUUAGGAAUACCCUCCAAUGCCGAUUUGAUAAAUGGCGUCGAUGGCGAGGACAAUCGUCCGUCCAACACUGGCGUUUCGACUCGUCCAUCGAUGCCUGAAACCCCAGAUGGCUCGUUUCUCUACCAGAGAACGUCGCCGAAUCACUCGUCUUUGUCAGCGCCACACUUGCCUCUUCCUGUCAGUAUAGAACGGAGAUCAAGCACCAGGGGCCGCGUUAAUCCUCAAGAAGACCUGCGUGCAAAGCCCCCGCCCCUGACAAUUUCACCCCCAACACGAAUGAAUUCGGUCGAGGAGAAGGAAACACACAUAAGACGGAUGACGAGCAUGCGGUCGAUGCAAUCCAUUCGCUCGCCUAUUCCCGGAGAACCACAAAAGGUCAUACUUGCUCGGGGAGACGAGGCGUUUUUACUCCCCGGACAUUUGCCCCCCAAAUAUAAUAUCUUCGACCUCUUCCCUUUCUCGUUACUGGUCAAGUAUCUUACGAAGCGUGGGCGCGAAAUCAAAGGCAAAAAGGCGGCACGCAUGAGGGCGAAAAUCAUGAGGGAGAAAGAGAACGGGAGUCAUAACUUGCCAUUAGAAAUCAGUCUCUACCUCAGCUCUUAUAUCGCUACGCUGCAGAGUCGCAAGCAGACGGAUGUUCCCACCACCAACAGUCUCCUCGCCAGUCUCAAUCAACUAGUAGAUGCACUCACGGGUCUUGAGCGCAUUUUGACCACUCCUGUCCCAUAUUCAUAUUCUAUUCAUCUCUGGGUCGUCGUGUCGCUUUACUGUCUGGCUCUUCCCAGCCAGAUUGUCGCGAGCAUGCACUGGCUCACUAUUCCCGGGACCAUCAUCCUCGCCUUCAUAUUCUUCGGAUUCUUGGUUGCCGGAGAAGAAAUUGAGAAUCCUUUCGGGUAUGACAAGAACGACCUCAACCUCGACCAUUUUACGCAAAACAUUAUUCGAACCGAGCUGCGUGCUAUCACGAGUGCUGCCGCACCAGAUCCGGACCGCUGGGUGUUUGCCACCGAGAAUGACAUGCUGUUUGUGUCGGACGUCGACCGUGACGAGCGCCUUGGUCCCGAAACUUGGGUCAAGCGUGGAAGUGGGGCAAUGUUGGGUGCUCUGAGCAUGGUUUGA